GGAGACGUUGGAACACAACUACCCGAGUCCUCGGCCGGCCCCCGGUCGUCGUAGAGAAUCCUCUUCCCCACGCCAUAGGGAGUAUAAAUACCCUCUUUCCCCCGGCUUUUUCCUUCGCCUCGUGAAAUCCUUUCUCAGAUUCUCCGCUUUACGCAACAACGGUUCGCUUCGCCGCGCCUCCGCCGAUUCCUUCCCGCCCUUACCAGGUCAUCUUGCUCAGUUUCUCAAAAAUUUCAUAAAGUUUAGAUCUUUUGCUACUAUAUUUAUUGCCCAUUGGACUUUGCAGAUGGCAGAGGAGGGUUACAAAGUUUCCUUGAAUGUGUAUGACUUAAGCCAAGGAUUGGCUCGCCAGCUAUCCAUGACAUUUUUGGGAAAAGCUAUUGAAGGGAUAUGGCAUACGGGAGUAGUGGUUUACGGUAAUGAAUACUUUUUCGGGGGUGGUAUACAGCAUUGUUCUGCUGGUGUAACGCCCUAUGGAACCCCAAUCAAAGUUGUAGAUCUUGGUGUUACUCAUGUCCCAAAGGAUGUGUUUGAAUUAUAUUUGGAGGAGAUUAGCCCCCGAUACACAGCAGAAUCCUACAGUUUGCUCACCCACAACUGCAACAAUUUCAGCAAUGAGGUUGCUCAAUUUUUGGUCGGAGCAACUAUUCCAGACUAUAUAUUGAACCUCCCCAAUGAAGUUAUGAGCAGCCCGAUGGGUGCUCUAAUUUUGCCUAUGAUUCAGCAACUGGAGACAACCAUGAGAUCAGGGGCCGUUCCCCAAGCUCCACAGUUCCGGCCGACUACACAGGUUCAGAACUCCCAGCCAACAGGCACUGCCAACAAAUCCACGGCUAACAAUGGUGAAGUCAAAUCUGAAGUACAAUCUCCCAAGGUUGGGGAUCCAAAGAGAGACACCCCUGCUGCCAAAGCUACUGGAGUGCAAGAGAAGUCAUCUAUCAAUGGGAAUAUGAAAGACCCUCUUGGGGAUGCCCGGGGCAAGGUACAAGAGGAGAUCAGCGCUGAAUUUGCUGCUAUUAUGGCCCAGGGGACUCUGCGGGCUAGUGAAGCUGCAGCACUUGCUACCCGAAGGGUGAUGCAGAGAUACGGGCAAGCAAAUGUUGCACUGAGCUAGAGUUCACAAGGUUUUUUUUAACCUAUUUUUCUCUCUUAAGAGGACUCUUACUAUCCUUUGUAUUGUGGGUUUUAUGACAACCCCUUAAUAUCUAAUUAUCUAUAAGACCUUGUUUUAUUUCAGCUGAAACUGAUUGGCACAUUUCCGAUAAAUUUUAUUGUUUUUGAUCUGGACGAUUCUGGUAA